AUGAAGGCAGGAGAAUCGGUGAACGAGUAUUUUGCUCAGACUCUUACCAUAGCCAAUAAGAUGAAAGCAAAUGGUGAGAACAAAGGAGAUGUUGUUGUUGUUGAAAAGAUUUUGAGAUCUAUGACUCCCAAAUUUGAUUAUGUUGUAUGUUCCAUUGAAGAGUCUAGGGAUAUAGACACCUUAACCAUUGAUGAGUUGCAAAGCAGCCUGCUUGUGCAUGAACAACGUAUGAGUGCUCAUGUUGAAGAAGAACAUGCUUUGAAGAUCACUCACGGAGAUCAAGCAGGAGGAAGGGGUUGA